AUGCUGAAAACAACCUUUCAGUUUCCCAAUUCACUUCUCCUCCUCAGUCCUCAGAGCCCGCUCCUCCAUCUCCAUGGUAAAAUACUCUCUCUUGCUCUUGUUUCAAUUUGUGUGGAGGGCACUGCAAAACUGGAUGCAGAAAUGAUGAAAAUUGGUGCUGCAUCAGUUUUAAGGCGGAGCAGCUUAUUCAACAAACCAUCAUGGCUUCUUUGCACUAUUGCUGAUUUGGAUGAGAGGAUAAAACUUCUGACAUUGAACAGUCUAUCCGAAAACAAUGCUGGCAGUUUUGCAUUAAGAGCCAAUUUCUACUACGAAGAGCGCCCUCAGCUACUGGCAUUAUUGCAAGACUUGUAUAAUGCAUGCCUCUCGUUGGCCGAUCAUUACUGUCGAGAACUUGCAAAGAACCGUCAUUCCUUCCGAUACUCCCCAAUCCCACCCUUAAGUUUUGACGUUAACAGUCAGUUUGAUGGAGGAAAUACUGGCGAAGCCAUUGAUUCUGAUGCUGAGAGUUCACUGUCAUACCAGCCACAUUCGGUGAAAGCCAGACAGAUCGACCCUGAUAUGAUCAUAGCAGACUUGGUUUUGAGGAACAUCGACCAUGAGUUCAUUCUGAAUGAACUUAGCAUAAAGAAGAACCAGUGGAGUGAAACGGUGAGAAAGUUGGAGCUGCAGCAGAAUUUGCUGGAAGUACUGGAAUCAGAAAGGCUAAUUCUUUUGAAUGAUAACGCGACAUUGGAAUACAGAUUGACGUCAUUACUGCGAGAGAACAAAGGGUUGGCUUCUGAAUCAUUGUUUCUGAAGAGGAAGGCGUCUGAGCUUGCUCGAUGUGUGUUGACGAUGAGAGAGGAUCACAGAGUGUGCAUGCUUAAUCAGACAAUCGAUGAUCUUCAACAGCAAAUAUAUGGGUUGGAAAAGAGAAACAAGGAGUAUCACGAGUAUUUUGUUAAACAAGACAAGAACACAAGCAAGAAGGGUAGGGGUGGAAAACAGAUGAGUUUGGAGGACUGCCUUCAGGUGCGUCAUGAUGGCGGUGCUCGUCUGAAGAAAUGCUCUAGUGCCAACCUUGAAAAGGAUGAACAAAGUUCAAAUGGUGGGGAUGGAGGAGGAAGGGCUUCGAAGAUGUGGGCUAGGAUCAAGAAGUUCGAUUUUUUAGUCUGCGGUCCUCAUCUCUACCCUACCUACUGCUAAGCAAAAGAACACAAGUAGAAAUGAGGAUAUAGUUUAUUCUAGAACUGCUAGUGACAGUCUUCAUUUAGUUUACCUAAUUCCAGAACUAAUUUGGUAAUUAUGAGUUGAAAAUUGCAAAAUUAUUUGCUUCCUA